AAAUAGACACACCCCCACAAGCUCCUUUAUCUUUUCCCGUCCCCCUGUGAUCUCUUUCUCUCUGCAACUCUCUCAUGUUGAUGUGAUUCUCCACCCACACACCACCAAAGAACCCAUCAAACUUUUACAAAAGAGAAAGAAAGCUCUCUAAUUAACAAGAGCUAUGGUCUUCCCGUCCCUUCCAAUCUAUCUAGAUCCACCCAACUGGUCACAACAGCAACCUAAUCAGCUAGCAAGAAUUGGCACCCAGAAUCCCCAGAUUCCACUACCUCCGCAACGGCCACCACCUUCAUCGGUGGCGGCCGCUAUCGGAAAUGGUGGCUAUCAGGGCUCUAUCAGACCAGGAUCAAUGGCUGAUAGAGCCAGGAUGGCAAAGAUACACCAACCCGAUGCAUCACUCAAAUGUCCACGAUGUGAAUCUACAAACACAAAGUUUUGCUACUACAACAACUACAGCCUCUCACAGCCUCGCCACUUUUGCAAGACAUGUCGUCGUUACUGGACCAGAGGAGGUGCACUCAGGAGCGUGCCAGUUGGAGGUGGCUGCAGAAGGAACAAAAGAAACAAAGGGAACAGUGCUAGAUCAAAGUCUCCUAUGAAACCUUCAACAGGUUCUACCUCAGCCAGUGCUAACUCUUCUUCUAGUGGCUGCACCCCUGAUCAUGUGAUGAUGACUCAUUUGCCAACUCCAACACCAGCUCAUCAAUUCCCAUUCUUGGCCUCUUUACAUCAUUAUAACAGUGACUACGCUUCUGGGGGCAUUGGAUCUCAUUUGGGGGCGAUCACAACACCUUUGGUGGCUAGAAAUGGCAACACUACUAGUGAUGUUGAGUUUCAAAUCGGAACUAGUUCAGCUUCAUCACUUGGUAAUAGUGGUGGAGGGGCUAUGUUGUCAAAUAAUGGCCUUGGUGAGCAAUUGAGGUUUAACAAUCUGCAACAAGUUCAACAUCAGUUCCCUUUCUUUAGUACUAAUUUGGAGCCACAACUUGGGGUGUUUCAGUUUGGUGGUGGAGAAAAUAACAAUGUUGAACCGCCAAAUUAUGCAAAGAAUGGAGGCCGGUUUGAUAUUCGUUCUAAAAUGGAUUCUAUUUCUAGUGUAAGUGGAACAUUACCUCAGCUUAACACAAUAAAGCUGGAAGAAAAUCAAGGUUUGAGUUUGCCAAAAAAUCUCUUGAUGACUAGUUCGGGAAAUGGUGUACUUUGGAAUGGAAGUAGUGGCAAUGCAUGGAGUGAAGUUCCUAGUUUCACUCCUUCACCUAACCACUUGUUGUGAUCAUUGGAAUUAAGCUACUCCAAUUCUAUUGCUUUUGCUUCAUUUCCUAGUCGCCUCAGAUUUUUAUGAUCAUAGAAAAAUGAUCGAAUGUAUUAGAGUUAGAAGAACCUAUUAUAUCACCUUGCUAACAUUGGAACGGAAUUCUACCCUAUGCAUGUGUCUUGUCUUACGAGGAUAUAUAAAUGGGAAGGAAGGAUAAGAAGAUCAGAACACUUUGUGUUACAUAUCAAUGUGACGAUAAAAUGGUACGCAACUCUUCAAGUAAUUUCCUUUUUCCGUCGAUGGAUGUCGUUGAUACUUUUUUGUUGUACUAAGUAUGAACACGUUGAGCAAAAGUAUUGGUGUGUAUUUGUUUAUAUGCAUGUGUUGUUAUGACAUGAAGGGUUAAGUUGAUAUUACUAAUUGUGUGCAGCUAUAUAUAUAUGUGUGUGUGUGGACUAGUCUAGAGGGCUUUUUAUUAUGUGAUGGUGUCAUUUUUUUUUAAUAUUUGCUCAUUGUUAACGAUUUGCGCCAGGUAUAAUGCAACUUAUGUAAGUUUAAGAAA